AUGGAGAGCUGCUGUGGCGCUUUGCUGGUGGCUGGUGGUUGCUUCGGCUGGCUUCGCCUCCGCGCCCGCCCGAAGAAAUCUGCGGAACCGCUGCCGGCCACGAUGCGGCGCCUGGUGCUGCGCGAGGCCAAUGUGGUUUUUUCGAAAGCGAAGAUCGAGGUGGAGGAAGUUGAAGUUCCACAGCCAAAGUCAGGACAGGUGUUGAUCAAAGUGGCUGCAAGUCCUGUGAAUCCUUCAGAUGAAGGAAGUUGGAAAGUGCCGCCAUCCCAGGGCUAUCCGUUGCCUCUGGGCACCGAGGGGUCCGGCACUGUGGUGGCCACUGGCGGCGGCGCCCUUGCGGCAGGUUGGAUGGGUUGCGACGUGAUCUUCCUGGGGAAAGCUUAUGCCCAAUACGCCAUCGCCGAUGCUGUGAUGCUCACGGAGCUUCCCAAAGAUGUCCCCGUGGAGGAUGCCUGCGCUGGCUACGUCAAUCCCUUGACCGUGCUCUCCAUGGUCGAGGCCGUGCGGGUGCACAAGUCCAACGUCUUCAUCCACACGGCAGCUGCCUCGCAGGUGGGACAAAUGUUGGUGAGAUACUGUCAGUCCGAAGGCGCGGAAGGCGCAACGGUGGUGAACCUCGUUCGGCGGAAGGAGCAGGUGGCCAUCUUGGAACGCCUGGGUGCGAAGCACAUCAUCGACACCAGCGAAGAUGGCUGGGAGUCCAAACUGCAGAGUUUGAUCCAAGAACUGAAGAUCUUCCAUGCCUUUGACUGCAUCAGUGGCGACAUGCCCGGGAAGUUACUGUCCUUGCUACCGCCGGGCGGUACCGUAUGGGUCUAUGGUCGCCUGGCUGGGAAGCUGGAGGGGAUCGACCCCGUUGACUUCAUCUACCGCAACAAGAAGUUGCAGGGUUUCCUUGUGACCACCUGGCUCUUCGGCGGCGGCUUCUUCCAAGGCCUUCAUCGCUGGCGCUGGCAGACCAAGCUGAUGAGGGAAAACCUGAAGACCACGUUCACCUCUGAGUUCCAGGAUACGACCAUGCGUGAGAUGCUCAACGUGUAUUGUGCCCACAAGGCCGGUGGUGCGACUGGUGGAAAGAUCCGUGUGAGACCACAGGCUUGA